AUGGUGAGCGAGGCCCGGCAGAUGGCCAGCAUAACGCACAAGAUCCGGAUGGAGCUCCUGACAGUUAACGAUGUUUACCUCCUCUCCACCUUCCGCCUGCCCCCCAAGCAGGGGGGGACCCUCUUCGGCCUCUACUCCAAGAAGGACAACACGAGGUGGCUGGAGGUCUCUGUGGUGGGGAAAAUCAACAAAGUCCUGGUGCGCUACCUGCGGGAAGACAACAAGCUCCACUCGGUCAACCUGCAGCACGCGCACGUGGCGGACGGACAGAGCCACACCAUCAUCGUGCGCCUGAGCGGGCUGCGCGGGGACAUGCUGAGUGUGGAGCUUUACGUCGACUGCAAGCAGAUGGACUCCAGCGUGGGGCUGCCUGAGCUGUCGGAGAUCCCCCUGGCAGAGGUGGAGUCCAUCGAGGUGCGCACAGGGCAGAAGGCCUACCAGAGGAUGCAGGGGUUCGUGGAGUCGAUGAAGCUGAUCCUGGGAGGGUCCAUGAGCCGCGUCGGGGCCCUGAGCGAGUGCCCUUUCCAAGGAGAUGAGUCCAUUCACAGCGCAGUCACAAGCGUGCUGGCCUCCAUCCUUGGCGAGCAGACCAAGGCGCUGGUCACGCAGCUGACCCUCUUCAACCGGCUUCUGACUGAGCUGCGGGAAGACAUUAGGGACCAGGUGAAGGAGAUGUCUCUGAUCCGCAACACCAUCAUGGAGUGCCAGGUCUGCGGCUUCCAUGAGCACCGGUCCCGCUGCAACCCCAACCCCUGCUUCAGCGGUGUGGACUGCAUGGAGACGUACGAGUACCCUGGGUACCGCUGCGGGCCCUGCCCACCGGGGCUGGAGGGCAACGGCACGUACUGUGCUGACAUCGAUGAGUGUGCUUAUGCCAACCCCUGCUUCCCUGGCUCCAAGUGCAUCAACACGGCCCCCGGCUUCCGCUGCGAGCCCUGUCCCCGCGGCUAUCGGGGCAACACCGUCUCCGGCGUGGGGGUGGACUACGUGAGGGCCAGCAAGCAGGUUUGCAUGGAUAUUGAUGAAUGCAACGAUGGCAACAACGGAGGCUGUGACCCCAACUCCAUCUGCACCAACACGCUGGGCUCCUACAAGUGUGGUCCCUGCAAGUCAGGGUUUGUUGGGAAUCAAACGUCUGGCUGUGUCCCGCAGAAGUCCUGCAGCACUCCCACCUCCAGUCCUUGUGACAUUAAUGGCUUCUGCAUGUUUGAGAGGAAUGGUGAAAUUUCCUGUGCGUGCAACGUGGGCUGGGCUGGCAAUGGCAAUGUGUGCGGGCAAGACACGGACCUCGAUGGCUACCCAGACGAGCCCCUGCCAUGCAUCGACAAUAACAAGCACUGCAAGCAGGACAACUGCCGCCUGACACCGAAUUCGGGGCAGGAGGACGCCGACAAUGAUGGCAUCGGGGACCAGUGCGACGAUGAUGCCGACGGUGAUGGCAUCAAGAACGUGGAGGACAACUGCCGGCUCUUCCCCAACAAGGACCAGCAGAACUCGGACACCGACUCCUUUGGGGACGCCUGUGACAACUGCCCCAACGUGCCCAAUAACGACCAGUGGGACACGGACAGCAACGGCGAAGGGGACGCUUGCGAUAAUGACAUCGAUGGGGAUGGGAUUCCCAACAUGCUGGAUAACUGCCCCAAGGUGCCUAACCCCCUGCAGACAGACCGGGAUGAGGAUGGUGUUGGGGACGCCUGUGACAGUUGCCCUGAAAUGAGCAACCCCACUCAGACAGAUAUGGACAGUGACCUGGUAGGAGACAUCUGUGACACCAACGAGGACAGUGAUGGGGAUGGGCAUCAGGACACCAAAGACAACUGUGCCGAGAUCCCCAACAGCUCCCAGCUGGACUCAGACAACGACGGGCUGGGAGAUGACUGUGACAAUGACGAUGACAAUGAUGGCAUCCCUGACUACACAGCACCUGGUCCAGACAACUGCCGCCUCAUCCCUAACCCCAACCAGAAGGACUCAGACGGGAACGGUGUGGGUGACGUGUGUGAAGAGGACUUCGACAAUGACACGGUGGUGGACCAGCUGGAUGUGUGCCCCGAGAGCGCCGAGGUGACACUGACUGACUUCCGCGCCUACCAGACUGUCAUCCUCGACCCCGAGGGGGACGCCCAGAUUGAUCCCAAUUGGGUUGUCCUCAACCAGGGCAUGGAGAUCGUGCAGACCAUGAACAGUGACCCAGGCUUGGCUGUUGGCUACACGGCCUUCAACGGGGUGGACUUCGAGGGCACCUUCCACGUCAACACCGUCACCGACGAUGACUAUGCUGGCUUCAUCUUCAGCUACCAGGACAGCGCCAGCUUCUACGUGGUGAUGUGGAAGCAAACGGAGCAGACGUACUGGCAGGCCACCCCUUUCCGUGCCGUGGCCGAGCCAGGGCUGCAGCUCAAGGCAGUGAAGUCCUCGACAGGCCCAGGGGAGCACCUGCGCAACGCGCUGUGGCACACGGGCCACACGCCUGACCACGUCCGCCUGCUCUGGAAGGACCCACGCAAUGUGGGCUGGCGGGACAAGACGUCGUACCGCUGGCAGCUGGCGCACAGGCCCCAGGUGGGCUACAUCAGGGUGCGGCUGUACGAGGGCCCGCGGCUGGUGGCCGACUCCGGGGUGAUCAUCGACACCACCAUGCGCGGGGGACGGCUGGGGGUCUUCUGCUUCUCCCAGGAGAACAUCAUCUGGUCCAACCUGCAGUACCGCUGCAACGGUACAUGUGCCAUGAUCACCGAGACCACUACAGAGACGACCACAACUGACACAACCACUACAGAGACAACGAUGGAGACGACCAUCAAGACGACCACCACCCCCACGACCACCACUCUGAAUGUCACGAUCUCCAAAAACACAAGUGGCAACAGGACCCAAACCUCUGUCUCCUCUUACACCACAGUCUUCCCUGCCACAGGCAACACCACAAACUUCCAGUCCAGCGACAGCUCCACAGGCAACAUCACAGCCAACAGCACCUCAGUGCCCGUCUCUAGCAGCACUGCCAUCUCCCACACCAACACCACUGCAAACAGCAGCAACUGGGUCCCCCACUUUGGCACCGACACAACCAGCAACAGCUCUGCGGUUCCCACCUCUGCCACAGGUGGUGGCACAGUGAUCCCCACCUCCAGCACCAAAGGCAAUGAGAGCAGCAGCACUCAAGUCGUCCCCACGUGGAGAACUUCUGUCACCGCUCAGGGCAGCAUGGCUCCCAGGCAGACCUCCACGGCUGUGCUGGGCAGCAGCAGCAGUCCCAGCCUCAGCAAAACCACAGCCCUGCUUCCUGCCGAGAUCCAGCUGCUCAUCCGCAUCUCACUGUCCUUCCGCAUUGUCAACAGGAGCUUCAACGAGAGCCUGCGCGACCCCACGUCGAAGGACUACAGGAGCCUGAGCCACACUGUCUUGACCAUGUUCGAAUACGUCUUUGGCUGCGCGAGCUGCGUGGGUGGGCAGACCUACAAGGGAUGCAGUGAGCUCCGUUUCAGCCAAGGCUCGGUGGAGGUGCAGUCAACCCUUGUGUUUGGGCACGGCAACGACACUGUCACCAGUGAUGCUGCUGAGCAGCAACUGAAGAACAGCCUGGACCAGAAUGGCUUCAUCAUGGACCUGCAGCUGGCCAGCAUCCAGAGCACUGUGGACGUGGCAUCCCCGGCACCGGUGCCCAUGGUCCCAGACUGGGCCAUUGCUCUGCUGGUCCUGGUCUGCAUCCUGCUGCUGCUGAGCAUCCUCACCUGCCUUCUGAUAACCACCUGCACCUGCUGCCGCAAAAGCCGAGGGAAGCUGGACCUGUUCAGCACAAAGGACUCCUACCACCCCAUGGCUGAGUACUCCCCAUACCAGAGCCACAGGCGCUUCGUGUCACCCAACAGCAAGCCCAACCCCUACAGCCAGGUGGCCAGCAACAAUGGUGCGGGGGCCGGCACCUUCACCUGCACUGACCCUGCUGCCACCUCUGACAACCUGUGA